AUCCCCAUCGAUAUCUUCUACCUGUAUUAAGUCAGUAGGGAUCAAUGACUUGGAACUGGGUAUCAAUCAGUGCAAUAGGCGCAUGAGGAAACAGUUACGUCCAAGAACUUGAGUCGAAGGAGGUCAGUUCAUUGAAGACAAAAUAAGCCGAAGAAGUUCAGGGUCGCAUUGUUUUUUACCUGUUAUUAUUUAAUCUUUCGUGAUUGUUUUUUUCGAUAAAAAUUUGAUGAAGAUCGUACUGAUGUUAAAGUAUUUGCUCUUAAUAACUUUUUUAACUCAUUGCAAAGUGAGCGGUUCCCGGUAUGUGCCCAAGUGGAAAAAGCAGGCAUGUGAAAUACCUGCUUCUCAGAACGAGCAUUCUCAUUACAUAUGUACGGAUGAUGGAGAAGUGAAAUGUCUGCCAGGUUGGACUGGAGACCUUUGCGAUGUUCCUAUAUGCAAAUCAGGUUGCGACCCCAUCCAGGGUUAUUGCAACAGACCGGGAGAAUGCGUUUGCAAAUUAGGAUACUACGGAGAUAAGUGUAAUAAAUGCAUACCUCUGCCAGGAUGUCAGCAUGGGUUCUGCAGGGAAAGCUUCGAGUGUAAAUGUAGAGAAGGUUGGAAAGGAGUAUUUUGUUCAGAACCUGUUUGUGGAAAAGAUUGUCAUCCAGCAAGAGGAUAUUGUGAUGCACCAGGAGAAUGUAAAUGUCGGCUUGGCUGGGCAGGAAAGAGUUGCCAACAAUGCCAAGUGUUACCAGGCUGUCAGCAUGGCUAUUGUGAGAAACCUUUGGAAUGUAGAUGUUAUCCGGGUUACACAGGACUGCUCUGUCAAAUUCCAAUUUGUUCCAAAACUUGCCACCGAGAGAGGGGUUAUUGCAGGAAACCUGGCGAAUGUAGGUGCAAAGUUGGUUGGUGGGGCAAAAAUUGUGACGUGUGCUAUCCUUAUCCAGGCUGUGUUAACGGGGAUUGCCGAAGACCAUGGGAAUGUAACUGCAAAGAAGGCUGGGGAGGAAUGUUAUGCGAUGAAGAACUCACAUACUGCAGGGACAACCCUAAUACUUGUCAAAAUGGUGCAAAAUGUAUACCACUAACCAAAGAAGAUGGCAACUAUAGAUGUUACUGUCGUGAAGGAAGUUAUGGAAGAAAUUGUGAAUACACUGAUGUUUACUUCACAACAACUUCAAGGCCCCCAAUGACUUCAACUACUAGAAAGACAACAUACAUAACUUCUAACCUUACUUUAUCGCAUGUUGAUCCAAACCCAAUAGUGGUGAUUAAUGAACAAGUAUCCUCGGAAUCAGAUAAUAUUACAACAAAUGUACCGACUUUGGCUAGUUCAACAGCGACUACUUCAACAAGCACCACUAUUUCUACUAUUACAACUGAUAAAAAUAUUAAUUUGAAUGACACGAAUUUCAGCUCAAACAGCUUGUCCGAAAAUGAAACUUUCUGAUUCUGAAUCCAAAGAUUCGAUUUCUAUUUAUUUGUUAUUAUUUAUUUUUAUUUGUAUCCAAUAUAUAGUAAUUAACUUU